AUGGAGGCCACCCUGCUGAGCUGCGUCCUGGCGCUGCUCUGAGAGUCCUCGGCGCAGGCUGAGGUCCUGGGGCAGCCAGAUUUUGAUGCCAAAAAGUUCUCAGGCCUCUGGUACGUGGUGCCCAUGGUCUCUGACUGCAAGGUCUUCAGGGACAAGAAGGACCACCUGCUGACGUCCACCAGCAACGUCAAGGCCACGGCGGAGGGCAGCCUCAGCGUCCACGUGCAGCUCCGCGGCGAGGCUGAAGGCUGUAACCAGAUAGGUGCCGAGUACCUGAGGGAGGGCUGCCAGGGGCACAUCCGAGUCCCGAGCCGGACCCAGGAAGCGAGCCCCCAGGCCUUGAAGGCCUUCCAGGACUUCUACCCGACGGUGGGGCUGCCGGAGGACACGGUGGUCACGCUGCCCAAGUCAGAUGCGUGCUCCUCGGGGGCAAGGAAGCACCCUGACAGCUCGGGAGACCCACCGUGGCCCUUCCUAGGCCCGGAGGCAGAGCGGCUGCUGGCUCCCUGGCGCCUGUAG